GGAAAAUGAAUUUCUACUGCUCCCUUUCACUUACCCUCUUCCAACCACACUCACACUCAGCACCAAUCCUCCCCAAUGCCUUCUACCCAGCGGAGGCUUUCUAAGCUCGCCCGGUUCACCAAGAAUGACUAGAAAUGCGAUCUGGGCUGCUCCCUGCACCGAGCUGCCUAGCGCUGCAGUGUUUCUCCGGUUGAUUUCUGACAGUCCUACUACGUGCGUGUUCCAUAUUCUUCCGCUCACUAAACACACGGUCUCCUGCUCCCUCCUCUCCUCCGGAUGUUGCAUAAUCGAUUUCGGUUAGAUCGGAUUUUUGUUUCGCUUACGUCAUUACGCUCUCGAAAGUAAGCGCAAGUUUCAAGCUCUUCUCACUGGCGGAACGAACACUAAACUUAGUUUUUAUUGUCUCAUGCGAACGAGCUGUCACGUGAACAUCCAAUCGGGGCACCUAGCUCUAUGCGAUAGCCGAACGUCUUGGGCCCUGAAACACCGCCGUUUGCGACAACGGCAGUUUGCGCCAGCCAAUCGCUAAAGGCUGAGGGGAAGCCUUCUUUCUGCUGUAUUACAAAUGCCGAUUCACGUGCAGGGGCUGAGCGAUUACGUCCAAUGAUUGUCACGCUGAUCCCUCGCUUGCGCUGGAUUUCAGAGAUGACGUGUUAAGUGAUGCCAUAUACAGUUGACGUCGCAUACGCCAAGUGCCGAAAAAGUCAGGACGAACUCUGCCAGAAACCGGGGAAAACGCUUCGCUUCGCCCUGAAAAACACGAGAAGCACGCACCGGGCGCGUCUACGGCAAUUACACUCGUCAAAACAAUCCCUGCUUGGCAUCACAGAAAUUGGCACCUCCUCUCGCGUCGUUCGCUCCGGCUUCUCGUCAUGGCCGCCCCCUUCCCCGCCGCUGAUCCUUCAACUGCCGUGCGCGAAUCCUUUCUACACAUCCCUGAUGCAUAUCUUCCUAUCAAGAUCACUGAUUGGCUUGCAGAUGGUCCCAAGUUUUUGUUCUCUCGCGGCGAUGCAUUUCUAUCUCUUAGGCCCUCGGUAGGUUCACCCGGUUCGCGAGGGCUCGAGCAGUCGAGAUUAUAUAUGCCGUGGCCUGUUGCUUAAGCCGGAGAAGCAAAAGUCAGAGACUUGACUUAAUUACCGGCAUCGGCAUUCCAGAGUCCGUGGCGCACCCAUUCACGCAGUUAGGGCCCACGUCCUAGAUUGUUCCGGUAGCGCUCACAGAAUUGAGCGAGUGUAUCGAGUUGAGAAAUUGUCCUUGUGUGAAUUGCACCAGAUUCCCCCGCUCUGCACCACUCAAAGAAGACAGGGCUGUCUCGGUAGUGCAUCCCCGCUACGGCAUUGACCUGUGUGUGUGUUUUGCCGCGGUCACGGUAAGAGACAAAACCCGACGAAGAGCUCGCAGAAACACGGCUUCAAACGUCAGCGUGGACUAAGGCGGAUCCCGGCCAACGACCAUCAGCGUCCCACGAAUCCUGUUCGUGGUUCACAGCUAUAUUCAGAUCCUCAACUAGGAGAGCCGAUCAAAGAACACUUCGUGUCGCGAUACUCGCUGCGUGUGUUGAGAAAAAAAGGAUGUGUAGGACGCGCAGAGCUUGCGAUGCAUGCAGGAAGCAAAAGUUCAAGUGUGCCAAGCUGAGCAGCAACACACGAUGCCGCAUGUGUGUGGUCUACAAUCGCGAAUGCUCCUACAAUUACCAGAGAAAACCUCGUAAAAAGCGCGGAACAUCUUCCGCUUCCGGCGCAAACCCCAAACCAGCAAGUGCCAAUGACACAGAUUCGGCUGUCGUGCCUGCGGACGCAAAUGCCGGCAGCACACCCACAAACAGUAGCUUGUUUGUCGGUGCAGCUGCUGCCAAGCAAAAUGUGUCGCAAACGCAGUUGUCUCCCCCGAUUAGCAAUUCUGCUUCUACCACCUCAUCUUCCCAACUUCCCACAUUCAACACAUAUUCCGCCACCCAACCAUCGGCUUACGAGUGUUCCAAUGCAUUAUUAUUGACUUCAAGCGACCAGCAGCUGUGCUCGGAUCUUUGCACUCCAUUCGCUUCCGGACCAGCGGCAGCUCCCCUUCCACGACAAGAACCAUCAUUCGUCGUUGUUGAUUUGCCGUCUAAAGAGGCACUUCGAAGCGCUUGCAUCAAAUUUUUCAUUUCUUUCCCUCCCCUCUUUACCAUUAAUCGUACAACUCUGCUGCAGCGCGUUGAGCAUGGAAGUGCUUCUCCUGCGCUACUCUUCUGCAUCCUCGCCGUUACGGUGCCAUUAAUGGAGCCCUUCGGUGUGGACAGCAAGUUUUUAGAUCAUCGUCUGUACGGUCAGCAGGCAAGCCGAAUGUUGGUGCAGGCAUCUCGCAAUCCAAACCUUGAAUUCUUACAGGCGACGCUGAUUAUGUGCAAGUAUGAAUGGAACAUUGCCGAAUACCAGAAAGCAUGGCACCGUCUGGGCCUCGCCAUUGACACCAUGUAUGCCUUGCGCCUGCAUCUCGAGGUGCCAGCAAACAUGCCUGUUGUCGAGCAGGAGUCGAUGCGGAGGACAGUGUGGUGCUGUUUCAUUCUUGACCGUAUCUUUUCCACCGGACGAAACCGGCCGUUCCGGGUUCAUCUGAACAAAAUUCGCAUCAGCUUACCGGCAAGCGUCACCAAUUUACUACCGCCAAGUGUGGUCGAUCCGCUACAAGCUAGCUUGUACAAUUCGAACAAGACUAUUUUGGCAGCGACGACCGAACUGCUUGCUCUGUGGAGUGACAUAAACGCAUGGGUAUACAAUAAGUACAAAGACUCUGACUUCAAGCCGCCAUGGGAUCCAACGUCCACAUAUGCGACGUUGCUGCAAAAGCUGCAUCAAUGGCACCAAGCAUUGCCGCCGCUGCUGCGCUAUACCGCUGGGAAUGUGCGAAUAUGCUUAUCACACUUCAGUGAUGUUGCAUAUCCAUUUAUGCACAUACUUUUCUUUGCGUGCAAGAUCUAUCUCAUGCGAGAGUAUGUGCCAGUGAAUGCGAUGGAGACACCUCGCUAUGUAGGGCCGCCGCACAAUUUGCAUCCAUUUGGUGCUGCUCCAAGUGGGUAUUGGUACCGGACAACAGAGGAGAUGUUUCUAAGUGCACAUGCAAUUCUGUACCUGUUGGAGCAGUCGCUACAUUAUAACAAGGCCCCUCCUGACCCGUUUAUCACGUUUUGCGUGUUUAUGGGAAUCGCAGCCAACAUCCACCUAGCAACUUUCCCUCAUUUGUGCCCGUCCAUAUCGUUGUCCCCGCCCGAACGCCUGUCGCUCGCUAUUGCACAUCUGAGGAAAAUGUCGGGCGUGUGGAACUCCGUGCGCGACUUUUACGAGAUGUUGCUCUUAUUUGCCGAAUUGUGUGCACGCUACCGAAGCGAACUUGCCAAGCGCAAGCUGGCACUCGCCGAGAGUUAUGGCCUGAAGGACGCAGAGAUGGAUCCUGCACUCGGAAUGGAGCCAAGCAACUUUCACUACAUUCUGCUCUUUGACUCUUCGUCUUCGAGUUACGUAGGAAAUGAACUGUUUGACAAUCUUCCUAGUUCCGAAUCAAUUCUCGAACGCGAGGAAGAAAUCAUCAACAAGCUUUUCGAGUUUGGCUACUUGCACAAUGUUACUUCCAAAUCAACCGAUCUGAAGCAUGAAGGUUAGUGCGAGCGGUUUCUGCGUCCCAGUGAAUGGAGCGCCUACUUGCUCGCAUGCUUGAUUCAUUCAACUUCCCGCACGUGUUCUCUCUACUGAUGCAGGAUCAUACCCUUUUAUUGAAAAAAAGGACAAAUACUUGCGCCUUCCGAAAUUUGUUACAAAUCUCUAUGUUAGUCGGCAGCAGCCUGCUGGGCUCUGCUUCCGAUAUUCAAAAUCAAAGUUUACGAUAUUAUCUCGUCAUCGCCGGUCCGCGUCCCGAGACUGCAUUCGUCUUGUGCUGUUUAAUUUUCACAUACCUUAAUGUUUUCUUCUUUUCCUCAUCCAGCUGUCCAUAUUUACCGGUUAUUUCCAUCAAUCACUGCUUCCACAAAUUAACAAUGCUCGGAUUGCGCGUGCAUCCUUCCAUGGAUGCUUGAUCACCCGACAGAAGCUUAAUUCUUUUUUUGCUACGG